UCUGCUUCGUUGCUUCAUUGCAGAAGGCGGUAGAAGCAGUUUUAUAUCGCUCCAUUUGCGCUCUUUAAUCUUCAUUUAGCGCUGCACUGUGCAAGUAAGAGGCCCCGUUUACAACAAGAACCAACAAAAGUCAAACACCAGUCGCCUAAAAGUAAGAAGCAGCCUGCAUUAGGACACUGCCGUCCAAAAUGUCCGCCUAUCAGAAUGUCUGCAAUCCACACAUAAAGGUUUCGAGAACGGUUAAGAGGAGCGAUUCAUUUAGCACUGGCGAGGCAGCUGAUAACAGCCAUCCCGCUCGGAACGCUAACACUCCGUUGAACCAGAACUGUGGGUUUUCUGGCGCACGAAAUCCAGAAAUCGAAGCCUUGUUCGACCGCCUGCUUCAAAAAGCAGACUACGAAAUAUGGAACUGUUACAGAAGUGGGAAACCAAUCGUUUCUCUUUUGAGAACACCACAGCGAAAUAGGAACAAGUUUCCCAAGAGAGGCGUCGAAAGGCGUGGGACCCCGUCCGGCGUCCAUUGGCUGAGGACACCGCACAUGGUGACUCUGAGAAAUGGAGUGUGCAGUCCCGUGACAACAUUCGACGAUGCACCCCUGAGGUUGGCAUACGAGACGGCACAGUGGAAGAAGCGAGCUGAACGAUUCAACAUUCUUCUGGAUACGCGAGACACUCAAGUUCAGCUGAAGGAGUUCAUGCAGGACUUCCCCAAGCCAGGUGUUCACACGGAGAGUAAUUGACUGUGGAAUAGAGUUGAGAACGACCAAGUACUUCAUGCUGAGUACGCACUACACAGUGUAGGAGACGACCCUUUCUCGAACGCCCGAACCUUGUGCUGAGGUUGCAAUUUGCUGUGUAUUCCUACGCUCGAGCUCAAAAGAGUUAAUUCCUCCAAAAUAUUUUCCUUUAUUCACGGGCACUUUUCUGCGAAAGCGCCGAUCCAAACUAAAAAUAA